AUGGCCUCAAAUGUAUCGCAGUCCGCCCCCGCAAGGUCAGUCGCGGCGCUCCGAACCGGUACAAAUCCUCCACCACAUUGUUUGGCGCGCAUCGAGGCCCUACCGAGCGAGCUGCUCUUCUACCUGUCCCGCUUUCUGGACCUCAGCAGCCUGGUCCUCGUCAGCAGAGCAAUAAGCCACACGCUGCGAGACAGAUUCGCCCAAUUCGAUCGAGAACUGCUCUUCCUGGAACCCGCUCAUCGACUCAAUCUGUCAGAAUGGAGAGAGGCGGCCCAGCAGAUCGACCGCUUGGGUCUCACGCAGUCAAGCUCAGAAGUACGAAUGGAAGGCCACGGCAAGAUUGAUGUGGAUCUGUCACAGACCAUGCGACAGCUCUCCCGGGACGAAAGCUUGAUCGACCUGCAUCUGUUGCAGUCUGUUCUUGUGUUUCUCUCUGGAGACCGCGCUGCACAGACAAGCGUGACAACCGCUCGCUCUCCAUCGCAGACGACAAGCAUCAAUCAGAUUCGCAGCCUGCAUCUUACCGGCUGGCACGGCAUCGCAGGUGCUUUUCUGAUUCACCAGCUUCGCUCGCAGCCAUCGCUGAGGGAUGUCUGCACGGUGGUCAAGACGGAUCGCGCAGAUUCUCGGAUAUGGGAGCAGGCGGCUGCAGACGAUCAACGCCUCCGAGAACCACAGCGCUUUGCACUGUACGAGUCUAGGACGCCAUACUGGUCCGAUCGGUUUUCAAUGGGGACACCUGCCACGACGGAAUCGACGAUGGUGUUUAAGGGCUGCGUCGCGACUCAGAUCAUUGUGCAGGUGGGAAAGCGAAGACCACGAAGGCCGGAGCAGCCGUACUUGCGCGGAGAAGGCCUCCAGAUGGGGUUCCAGGGCUACUGCAUCGAUAUGGGGAUGUUCUCCGAUGUUGCUGCGCAGACAGCAAAGACAGACGAGAGCGUUGACGCCAGCGCAGGACGAGCUGGGACCCGCAAAAGGCUGCAUGUCAUCCUGCAGGGUCGAGAGAUGGAGGAUGGCAGACAGAACGAAGAGAUGUUUGAGCGCAGCAUUGUAUCAUGUAACCACUGCAAGGAACGCAUCCUGUUCUAG